UCGUUUUCAUCUAUUAAGUGCUUCACACUCCAGUCCAGUUGGUGGCUGUAAUGCACCGAAAGUUGGUUUGCCAACCGCCAUAAAACAACAAACGAAGAAGAAGAAGAAGAAGUCAACGUUCACUUUUUAAUGCGGGAGAAACAAUUUGAGAAGAACAGGCGUGUUGUUGUUCAUCAUCAAGCGGCCGAAGAAAAAUCUUUACAGAUUUUACAGAAAAUCUAGAGGCAGCACGUGGGCGAUAAUAAUCCAGACGGAGGAAUAAAUGAUCUACCUUGAGAGGAAACUUCAUGCAGUGUAGAUACUGCAAAUACAGUUGUGCCAGUCAAAAUCUGCUGCUGAGACACUGCAGGCUAAAGCACUGGCGCCCAGGCUGACGUGAACCAUUUUUGUGCCUGUACCCUGAGUGUGUCUGCUCUUUCAAAACACCAGGACACUGAUUUGAAAGAAACCUACACAAGAGGUGUGAAAUUGUGCAUCCUUGAAGUCAUGGAGGACUAUCUCAGACAACAAAGACAUGUCUAAACUUCGCCAUCAUUCUUGAGGAAACCGCCGUCAUGGAGGACCUACCUGACUUUCCUACUGCUUUCAUGCACAGCAGGAUGAAGGUGAAAGUGAUCUUCCCUGGCAAGAUCAAAGUGUGCUUCAGGAAAGGGCCUACUGGAUAUCUGAGACAAGAUCCCUCAGAUGAAGCCAAAAGGAUCAAAGACAACCCCAAUCUCCAGGACAAAUCAGCCCCUCAAAGGGAAGACAAGGUCAAGGAGAAUGCGCACUCUGUUGUCUUCAUGAGAGGAGGAGAUGUGUCUGACAGAAAAGAGGUGCUGGGAGAGUAUGUGCUUCAGUUUGGAAAGUACAAAGGCAAGUCAUUCCGGUGGCUGCUAGAGAAUGAUGUAGGCAAUACCAUAUUCUUGACUAAGAAGGUUGAGGAGGAGGAGAGAGCCGGUCAGUUUAAACCAGAGGGUCCCAAGAAGGACAGCCUACUUUCAUUUCUUGAGUACAGUAGAAGCUUCCAGGAAAUCGAGGACCUCCUGAAGUAUUUAACUGGAAGAUCAGUAGCACCACCUGUGAGGAAUGAAGAUGACAACUUGGUAGGCUUUGGGAUUAAUGCAGAAAAGACUUGGAGGGAUGUUUGGGAGAGCAGAGCAGAUGGAUAUGCUGCAUUCAUCCUCCAGAAACAGUGUGUCCCAGGCAGCAAAAUGUAUCGGCUGCAGCAGUACCUCACUCAGAAAAAGAGCCAGCUUCAGAGUGUUUCAGCGAAACCUGCUUCCACUGGCCUUACACCAUCUGCCUCUCAUCCUCUAGAAAUGGAGGAUGAUGAAGAAUUAGAGAGAAUGAUGCUUUCUAUAUCCCCAUCCAAACUUCAAGGUCAACCGAAAGUGGAGGAAGGUGAAGAAUUGGGGAGGAUGAUGCUACCCACAAUUUCAUCUAAAAUUCCCAGCCAACUGAGUUCAGAAGUAGUUGGAGUCCCAGUGGUCAAAGGUCUACUGCAUGCUAGGGAUGAUUCUGACAUGAAUCAGGAUUAUCUGUUCUACAUUGAUUUGUUGCUGUUUGUUGGUUAGGCCACGUUCAGGCCUGUUCUAAUUCUUGUGUUCAAUUGUUCUACUAACAUUUAUAAGGCAUUUAUAUCUCAUCAUUGAGGGUAAGUACACAGUAAUUGUUUUGCAUGUUUUUUGAAUGCUAUACUUUAAAGGUUUGGUAUGUACCAAAAUGCAGAAGUACAGCAAAAUAUGUACAAAUAUGUAUUAAUUUGGACAAGAGUGAUGGAUCCGUUUUGAUGCAUGAAGCUGGAAAUUACCCAUGUAAUCUAGCACUUGUGUAAUAGUAAUGCAUUAGCAUACCACACCUCUAAUAUUAUAUGUUCAAGUUCAGGUUCAAGUUAGUUUAUUUCUAUUAAACUAACUUGAACUUGUGUUCUAUGGGUUUGCAUGCAUUUCCAUUACUACGUAAUAACACAUUUACUAAAGGACAGUA